AUGGGGAGACUAUGGCUUCGAGCGUCCAAGGAGGAAAACCACAUCGACAGCGUAAAUGGCGAAACAGCGCCUGUGGUGGCAUUUCCUGACGAUGCUCCUCCCGAGGGCGGUUACGGAUGGAGUUAUGGAGUCUUCCUCUCCUACUACCUCGAGAACUCGUUCUUUGAAGGAGCGACUGCGCUCGAUUACGCCUUCAUCGGUGGCCUGGAGUUCGGAGCCUGCAUGCUGAUAUCACCGGCCUGUACCAUCCUGACUCGCGAGUUUGGUCGGUCGGCCGUAAUGACCGUCGGUGUCUUCACGAUGGCAGGUGGCUACAUUGCAGCUUCUUUCGCGGAGCAAAUCUGGCAGCUGUAUCUCACCCAGGGUGUCAUGGUAGGCCUGGGCAUGGGCGCCAUCUUCAUUCCUGCCAUUGCAGUGUUGCCGCAAUGGUUUCUCAAGAGGCGAAGUCUUGCUCAGGGCCUCGCUUCUUGUGGGUCUGGGUUCGGAGGCCUUGCGUUCAGUCUCGGGACAAGCGCCAUGAUAGAGCAGCUGUCCGUGGCCUGGGCGUUGCGUAUCACUGGCAUCUUGUGCUUCAUUGGCAAUGGCAUCAGCACCAUCUUGGUACGAGAUCGCAACCAUAUCGUCAAGCCACCACAGCUCGGCUUCGCGGUGCACCUCCUCAAGCGCUAUGAUUGCUUUCUGCUUAUGUCAUGGACGUUCGUUAAUCUGUUUGGAUAUAUGAUCAUCCUCUACAGCAUCUCGAACUACGCAGUUCAAGUGGCUGGCCUCUCACAGAGCCAAGCUGGCGUUCUGACUGCUAUUCUGAAUCUGGGCACAGGUAUUGGACGUCCGUGCAUCGGUCUGGCAUCCGACAGAUUCGGUCGAAUCGAGGUCGCCGCCGGGUUAACCUUGUUCAAUGGCAUCAUAGUUUUCGCAAUAUGGGUACCAGCGAUUGACUACGGAGUCAUGAUAUUCUUUGCGAUAGUGUCCGGGGCAAGUCUCGGGACCUUCUGGAUGGUGAGCAAGCGCUGA